CUUUGUUUUACGCUGCUAUAGACGUUAUGGACCCGCCGACGAGCGCUGCGAACGAGAAGACGGCGCACGAUCCUGCUGUUGCGGUGGAUACGGUGCAGCCUAUCGCCGCCACUACUAGCGCGAACGAUGCUGCUGUAGAACCGGGAGGCUCAACGAUAGACACGAGCGAGAAGACCUCGAACGACUCUGUGCGUGCGAUAGAUCCUCCAGUACCGACGGUGAUGGCCCCCGAUCACCCCAAUGGUAUCCCGCCUGCCCUCCCACCUCGCCGCGUGGCAAGUACGAUCUCCUACGAAAAGUCUAUUCCCCCCUCCUACACUCCUGCUGACCAAUCCCUCCAUCCCUCCUCUUCCACCCACCAACGCACCCCCUCCGGCUCCUCCCUCUCGUCGAACACAAGCACACUCGACACCCCCGACCCCGUCUCCGCCUCCCUCCCGCCCGCCACCCAUCCCACAGUCGCCCUCCUCAUCCCCUUCCCUCCUCCCUCCCAUGCCACCGACAAACAAGCCUCGAAGCUCCCACCGUUUGUCUUGUACGCCCCGCUCGCCGCGCCGCUGCAGAAGCCUCAGGAGGGCGAGAAGGAGGGGCUCGCGCACAAGGCGCAGCGGAAGUGGCAGGAGGAGGAGCGCGGGGCGCGGGAGCGGGGGACGGGGUUCAAGGCGAAGGCUGUUGGUCUGAUAUCGAAGGGUAUGGCUGCGACGAAGAACAGUCGCAUUGAGUUCCUCGUGCGCACGCCGAACAAGAAGAAGCUCAAAGAGCUCCGCAUGAUCUACCCCGCGUCGUACUCCGCGGCGGACAUCAAGGACCUGUUCACGGACAUGAUCAAGAAGGCCAAGGCGGGCGCGAUCCGCAACGGGAUCGUGAGCACCGCGAUGCUGCCGUUCGUGCUCGCGUUCGACGUGUUCACGUUUAUUAGCGGGCCGUUCGAGAUCAACGCCGUCUGGGCCGCGUCCUCGUGGACGGGCGCCGCGCAGGCCUCAGCCAUCUCCUCGCGCGUCACCUCGAGCGAGCUCCCGCUGUCGUUCGCGUCCGACGCGCGUCUGAAUGUGUUGGCGUACCGCCUGCAUGAGAUUUGUUGGCGGAAGGCAAGGGCGGGGGCGGUGGAGAAGCCCCGGUGGACGGGCACCGAUCCCAUCCGCCGCGGGCCGGACCUCGCGGGCCUCGUGCUCGACGUGCUGCGCGCGCACGGCGAGGACAUGGGCGACCUCGAGACGAACCGGACGCUCGUCGGCGAGGAUCUGGAGAGGUGCUUGAAGAAGGGGGCGAAGGAGUGGGCGAAGGUCUUGGCGUGAGGUGAGGGUGAGGUGUUGGAAAGGUGUUGAGAGGACGGGAAGGGGGAAAGUAAUGGGAAGUGUAUAGUACUGUUUAAGUAAGGUGUGAUUCGGAAAUUAUGAGAUUAAUGUGGCUCUGCA